AUGGGUAAUGUUGAUUCAAUUCCAGUUGUCUCUCAAACAAAAUCACUAGUUCAGGUGAUUGGAGGCGACGCGGAGGGAGCACGUAGAACGCAAGAGAACUUUUCUCGCGGAGCUCCAAUCGUCUCACAAGCGCGUAGUCUAGUCGAAGUAAUAUCGGGUGAUGAAGAGGCGGCUAGAAAGACACAAGAAUACUUUGCUGAAGAGAUAGUAUCAACGGCAACUACUACACCAUUGCUUGGCCAUGCAAUCGGCGCUGCACAUUAUAUAGUUGGAGAUGUAGAUCGUGGUGAUGCAGCAAUGAAGGCCGCAUCACGAACCACUGGGGUCACACUUGCCGGUAUUGGUGGGUUUGCUAUAGGUGGACCAUUCGGCGCGGCUAGUUUAAGUACUGUGGCUGGCGCUGCUAUGGAUGGGAUAAUCACAGGGGUGGAUACAGCUGCACAUAACGAAUAUCGACCAUAUGGUUAUGUGGCUGCCGGUGAGAAUAUUAAGAAAAACGGUGCGAAUUCCCGUGAAAUAUUUGAUUUUGCUAUGAUUCCAGCCGGGGAUGCAAUGACCGGGCUAAAUGUCGCGAGAAAUAAGUUGAUUAAGACGACGAGAAGAUAA